AAUACACGUGCCGUUCCAGUCAAAAUAUCAGUACUGUCGUGAGGCGAUGUUUCUUUAAAAACUUCUGUUUUUUUUUUAUUCAUCUGUAGUUAACUAUAAUAUGUUAAAAUAAAGCGUGUUGAUAUUCGAAAGUACCAAAAGAAGCAUUAGUUCGAAUUAUAAUCUCAAAAUAAGGUCAUUUUCGUCAGUACUUUGGCGUCAGUCCUUUGUCUAAUAUUGCGUCAAUGGACUUUUAUCUUAACCCAUUAACGCCCGCUGUACUCAAUCGAGUACACUCGUGUUUGUUCCUAUCGGAGCCAUCUUCGAGUUAACCACGAAGUACUGGCCUUUUAUAAACAUUUGUAGAUUGUACACGCGACAGGGGCGCAAGAGUCAUUUAUGUGUAUAUAGCGUUUUUUGAUGAUCCUGUUAAAACAUACGAGUAUUACAAUUUUCUGCCUGAUGCUCGAGAUGUUUAAAAGAUAACGAUGAUGUUGUGGUCUUGCCUCCAGACGCGCGUUAUUUGACUGACGAGGAGGGAAUUGGACUAAAAGCAACUGAUGGCAAAUAGAAUGCCACAAGAUGUUUCUGGUCGUUUAUAGCUGUUUCGCAAAGUUCAGCUAAUGACGAGUUCUGAAGCAGCGACGAAGAGCAAUUUGAGUGUGAAGUGCGAAAACGUAUACAAAUACCUAAAUAAAUCUAAACACGAUGACUUGGACUGGGAGAAAAUGCAAUCCUGAAUAUUCCAUUUGGUCUGAGCCGCCACCGUUAUGCGAAAUGAACGCCAAUAGGGAUAAACUAGUGGAAGAGAUAAAGGAUUUAAAUCCAGUCCAACUAUUUGAACUUUUCUUUGAUGAUACGGUUUUGCGGCAUAUUGUCGAUCAUCCAUGUUAUAUGCAUCUCAAAAUACUCGACACCAAAGAAGAAAUGAAAUCCUUCAUAAAUUCGGACAUUUUCCUGCGAAGCUAGAGAAGCAAUUAAGAUGUACAGUAUGCCAUUCAAGGGUUCGUCAACACUACGUAUUGAAGGUGCCUGCUUCAAGUUACAUCAUACAAAAUAAACGGUUUCGCCCAUUGUACUCAAAUGAGUACAGAUGUUUUUUUGGUAAAAAUAAUAAAAU